UGCAGAUUAAUGUACUUUAAAUAACAGAUUAUAUCUAAUUCUACUAAUCCGCAAUCAGGGGUGAUUAAAGCUGUUCUAAUGUGUAUUUAAAGCAUGAAGCGACUCUACAUUGGUGGCCUGGGCCACACCAUAUCUGAAAAAGACAUCCGAGAUCGAUUCGGCAAGUUUGGCGAGGUGUCCGAUGUGGAGAUCAAAACAAGAAAGGAUGAAGAUGGAUCUUCAUUAAAAACGUUUGGUUAUGUGAAUAUAAACAUUUCAGAUUCUGACUACAAAAGAUGUGUGACCGUGUUAAACAAAUCCAAAUGGAAAGGUGGUACGUUACAAAUCGAGUUAGCCAAAGAAAGCUUUUUACACAGACUCGCAGAGGAGCGGCAGCAGGUGGUGGAGAAGAUUCAGGCGCCGAGGAUCGACCCACAGGAGAAGAUAGUCGAGUCCUUCAAGGCGGCCGGUGUGGAGAAUUUCCACAUGAAAUCGGCUGUUCCAGGAACUGAGAUCCCGGGACACAAGAACUGGGUGGUGAGCAAGUUUGGUCGAGUUCUUCCCGUCCUUCAUCUGAAAUGUCAGGGCAAAAAUAAGGUCCUGAAGUACGAUCCAUCGAAGCACUGCCACAACAUCAAGAAGCUCGAGUCGGAGGAAACGUUCACCUCCGUGUCCAAACUCACGUGGCAGGUCGACGGCGGGAACGACGAGAUCAGCAAGAAGAGGCGGGGCGAGUUCCCCCCGCAGAAAAAACGUCCCGCCAGUAACAAGCAUUUAGACAUAACCGAGUACCUGUGUUCUACGAGCGACGGAGAUAAAAGAACUCCGGCCUGUAACAGAGAGGUGAACGUGGGGCGGAACCGCCGCGUCUGUGUUUUGGGCAGCGAUUCUGAUUCGGAGGAUGAAACAAGAAAGCUGGUCGCUCAGGAACGCUUACGGGUGAGCGGGCCGGCCAACGCGGGGGACGACGACCACCUGGAGGUGGUGGAUGACGAGUUUGUUGUGAAGUCCGGCACGUUCUGGGGAGGAGACUUGGGUAGAUCGACGCGUGACGAGGAAUACGACUCGGCCGACACGGAUGAAAUUCUGACCCAGAAUAAGAAUCCAAAUAAGGCUGAAGAUCCUAAAAAUGUUCAGAAGGAGAAAACGACCUCGAUCGAACCUGAUCCGGGGACAAGCCUGGAUUCUGAUCCUGAAUCCGAGUCCUCAGAUGGAAGCGAAGACUCAGAUUACGAAGCCAUGAUGGGAAACUGCCAGACUUUGACUUUAUCUCUGGCGGAUUUGCAGGAUCUUGUUAAAAAUCUGGACGAGGGUUCAUCAGACGAAGAAGCGAGCGAGACCGAAGCCGGACCGAGCAAACGAGCCAAAUCUAAACCUGUUUCUGAUGCUCGGCCUGCUGGAGCGCCGUUGAAAAAGCCCGGCAUCAACCCAGAAGAUAUUUUAGCAUCGCUUCUUGGAUCUGAUGAUGAAAAAGAGGAGCAGGAGGAGGAACGUAAACCAGUUAAAAAGUCGAAGCUUCCUGCGUUCGUCGGGAGUAAGGAUCUGUUCGGGUCAAACAGUGCGAAUCUCAAACGUGGAGCAGAAAGGAUCGAGUCUGGUCCUAAAGACGAGUCGAAAAGGUUCAAACCAGACCUGAAAAUGUUGGAAAAUGGGCUGGAGAAGUCUUCAGCAUCAGGAGGUGUGGAGAAAUCUCUCCGAAAUACCAGAAUUAUGGAACAUUCAUCCAGUCAUGAGACUGAAAUGGAAACGUCUUCCAUCAAACCCAACAAGGAGACCAAUCGAUCGUCUGAACAUCAGCAGACGUCCAGCAGCGCUUCAUCCAGCGAUGAUGAAGACGAUGAGGAACCAGAAAGUGUCUCCUCACCGAGCAAAACCCUGAAAGCGUCUGAAAGCGCCACGUCCACGGAAGGUUCCGAAACGAGCGAUGAAGAUGAGGAGGAAUCAGAAAGUGUCUCCUCACCAAGCAAAACUUCCACCUUGCCCCAGAAAGCGUCGUCCAAAAGCUCAGCUCCCGAAAGCACCACGUCCUCGGAAGGUUCCGAAACGAGUGAUAAAGAUGACGAGGAAGACGGUCCCCGAGCCUUCCAGAAGAAUCACGGCCAAAAUUCGGAACGUAAACCCGUCCAGUGUCCCUCAGACCCGCUGAGGCAGCGGCAGGAUAAUCAGAAGAGACUGGCGGCGCUGGAGCAGAGACAGAAGGAAGCCGAGCAGCAGAAGAAGCUCAUACAGGGAGCUCUGUCCAAAGUGGAUUUACCAAACGUAAACAAAGGGAAGCACAUCGUGUUUGAGUCUGAUGACGACGACGACAGUGUCUGUGAAGCUCAGGCAGAUCAGAAACAGAGUCUGUUCGAUGAAGAGUGUGAUGAUGAUGAUGAUGAUGAUGGAGUGGAAAAUCCAGCCCUUAAAGAAAAGGAGUUCCACAAGGCAGCCGGGAGUAAAUUAUUCGACAGUAGUGAGGACGAGGACGAGGAGGAUGAAGGAGCCGAGGAGGAUCGCUUCGAGAUAAAGCCACAGUUUGAAGGCAAAGCAGGACAGAAGCUCAUGGAACUGCAGUCCAGGUUCGGAACCGAUCCCAGGUUUCAGAUGGACGCCAAGUUUCUGGAACACGACAGCGACGGGCGGGAGGAAGAUGGAGAAUCGGACCAAAUAGCAGGAGAGCAGGAGCUGGUGGAAGAGAAGAAGAAAAAUCUGGCCAUACUGCAGAGCCUCCUCAAUGUCAGCGUCCAGCCCAGUGAUCCCAGUAAAGCCUCCAUGAAAGCCAAGACCUUCAGAGAUGUUUCAGCGCUGCACUACGACCCAACGAGUGAAGCUCACGCAGCUUUUGAAACCAGGACAGAAGAACCAAAAAAAGAAAGCAAAGCAGCACGGCGCAAGAAACGUGAAGAAGCUCAGAAGCUUCCUGAAGUUUCUAAGGAGAUCUUCUACGACGUGACCACCGACCUGAAGGAAGUGUUCGGGACCGGGACAGAAAUCCCACCUGAACAGGAAAACACAGAGGUGUCGUGGGACCAGGCGGACGAGAACGUGAACGGCCUUUCUUCCUCUGCUGACGUAGAACCCGAGGGCUCGUCAUCCGGCUUCAAAUUCUCCUUCUUCGGAGAUGAUGCGACAGCUGAGACCCCCAAGACAGAUGAAUACAAAGCAGAAACCCUGAAAGGAGCCAAAGUUCCCUGGCAGGUGGAUCCUCGCUUCCAGGACAGCAGUUCAGAUGAAGAGGAAGAUGAGGAAGAAGAGGAGGAGGAGAUGGAGCAGUCGGCUGUCGUCACUGCACCCGAAGCGCCGACCCAGACCAGACUGUUCUUCUUCUUCUUCGACGGUGACAUCAGGUUAAAAGAGGGACCCGGGAUGUUCUGCAGGAGUGAGAAGCUGGAGGAUCAGAGGAAAGCCUGGGAGGAGAGAAGAGCCGGACUCAGAGAGGACUGCCGGAAGAAACACAAGGACGCCAAACGACGAUACAAAAUGACCAUGAAAACUUAAACAAGUUAUAAACCAGGAAACAUUUAUUUUCUUAAAUACUUCAGUCAAACAAAGUCAGUUAUCGAUGUUUUCUGUCUUUACUGUAAUUACAUAUCUCAAAACAUUCAACACAUUCAUGUCUGU